GGAGAAUGAACCAACAAGGAAACCACUUGAAGCUUCACUCCUGCACCGCCUGGCUGGCCCGCUGCCAGCUUUCUCCAGAGAGGGUUGGCUCACUCCCUUCUCCUUCUCCUCCCUUCCCUCUCUCUCGCUCUCUCUCUCUCUCUCGAACCCACAUACGCACUCUCUCCGCAACCCUCUCCAAAGGAACAAGGUGAGAGAAAGAACGAACGUAGGAAAGAAGGAAGAACCACAAAACUUUUCAAACAACAAGCAGGGACGGCAAAGAGACAACUCCCCGAAGAUGCCAAGCGCGUCGCUUUUACGCACGGAUCACUUGGGUACGCGAGGCUUUUAAGGAGAGAAAACAGGAGGGAGGACGCGCUCUUUUUUUCCUCCUCCGCCGCAUGAGACGUCAAAAGUCUGCCUCGGGUUUAAAGGCAAAUAAAGCAGGCGCUGUGGAGCUGGAGCCGUGGAUGUCCCCGGGUCUGUGUGGAGGGCAGUGAAGGAUGCCAGGAUGCCCUCUCUGAUCCCCCAUCUGCUCGUCAUCUGGCUGAGCGUGCAGAGGCUGGCGUGGUGCACGGAGCGCUCCUCCACCCGGGAGCGCUUCAAGGUGGUCAUCGCUCCCCUCAUCUGCAAGCGGAUCUGCCUGAAGGGCCAGUGUCAGGAUACCUGCGAGCAGGGCAACAACACCACGCUGAUCGCCGAGAACGGCCAGGCCUCCGACACGCUCAUCGGACCGGGCUUCAGGGUCGUUGUGUGUCCCCUGACGUGUAUGAACGGAGGAGUAUGCAGCUCGAGGAAACACUGCCUCUGCCCGCCAGGCUUCACCGGUCGGCUCUGCCAGUUUCCACUCCAGCAGACGCAGCAAGCUCAGGCAGCGCGAGGCAACAAGCAGCCCGUCUACCCCGUAUCUCUGAAGCCAGACGGCCUCAAACUGGUGGAGCAGUCGGGCAUAGGGCGGACCCAGUUGACGCAAACACACUCGGUUUUCACCCUGCCUUUUUCACAAGUAGGGCACCACUCAUCUGAAGUGCAGAUUAACGUGCGUGUUCACCACACGCCGGACACGUCUGUGGUCAUUCAACCUCUCGACCAAUCAGACAUCAAGACUCCUCACAAGACAGGGCCCCGCCUGCUCCCCCAGAGACACAAACCGAAGGGGCGCUGCUUCCAGGAGACCACGCCCAAACAAGCUUGCAACAGCACCCCACUUCCUGUUUUGACCAACCAGGAAGAUUGCUGCGGCAGCGUGGGGAAUUCCUGGGGACAAAAAUAUUGUUAUCAGUGCCCCAAACUUCCAAAUGCAUCAGUCAAACACACAAUAGUGGAAGAGUAUGGCUCGACCUGUCCACAAGGCUAUAAAAGAUACAACAGCACUCACUGUCAAGACAUCAACGAGUGCUCCAUGCAGGGCGUCUGUCAGAACGGAGACUGUCUGAACACACUGGGCAGCUUCAAAUGUUCCUGUAAGGCUGGUCUGGUGCUGGACAGGCACCGAUGUGUUGAGUCCCCGGCUGAGCAGGCGCAGUGCUUCCUGAUGGCGUCCGAGGCCAGGGGCUGCGAGCACGCGGUGCCGACCUUCCUCACCCAGGAGAUCUGCUGCUGCACGGUGGGCAAAGCCUGGGGCCGCAACUGUGAGAGAUGUCCUCAGGUGGGCACAGUGGCCUUCAGUCAGAUCUGCCCUGCCGGGAAAGGCUACUUUCUCCAGAACAUCAGAGAGAGUGUGGCCUUCCCUCCCAUCAUCUUCCCCCGCAAGCAUGACAAAGAGGAGCCGAAGCGGCCGGAGAGGCCACCUGAGACAACGACCACCGUGCAGGCUCCUACCACCACCAGCAGCCCUCGUGUUCCCGUUGUUAAACCCACCCCUCCGACUAUCAUCCGAAUGACCCCAGGCAAUGACCCCUUCGAAACACAGACUAAAGUCUUUCCAGUGACAGAUGAAUGUAGACUAAGCAGGAACAUUUGUGGUCGUGGCGAGUGUGAGAACAGCCUGAACGGCCACAUCUGUCACUGUCACCCUGGCUACCAUCUGAACCCGCAGAGGAACAUCUGUGAGGAUGAUGACGAGUGUAAGUCCGAGCCGUGCGGCCACGGCAGAGGCCUCUGCGUCAACAUCGAGGGCAGCUACAAGUGUCUCUGUCGUCAGGGCUAUAAACACAUGGUGCAGCAUGGCAGACUUAAGUGCAUAGAUUUGAACGAGUGCUCUAAGCAGGAUAUCUGUGGUGUCGGCGGCCAGUGUAUAAACCUGCCUGGUUCUUAUAAAUGUGACUGUCACAGCGGGUUUAGGAGCAAGUCCCACCGUCAUCCAGCCUGUGAAGAUAUAAACGAAUGUUUGAAUCCCAACACCUGUCCCACUGAGCAGUGUGAGAACACACCAGGCUCCUAUGAAUGUGUUCCCUGCUUGCCUGGUCACGAGGCCAGGUCUGGCACCUGCUAUGACAUUAAUGAGUGUCAGAAGCCUGGCAUCUGUCCUAACGGCCGCUGUGAGAACCUCCCCGGUACUUACCGGUGCCUGUGCAACGAGGGCUUCCUUCCAUUAGCAGACAGCAAAGGGUGCAGUGACAUUGACGAGUGUGAGGACGUGCGGCUGUGUGCCAACGGCCACUGCAUCAACACUGAAGGCUCCUUCCAGUGCCAGUGUUACCCAGGAUACCAGCGCACACAGGAAGGCAGCCACUGUGAAGAUAUCAAUGAGUGUGAGAGGCCAUCAAACUGUCAGAGGGGCCACUGUAUCAACAGCAUGGGCUCGUAUCACUGUGAGUGCCAGAAAGGCUACAAGCUGGUCGGAGGCAGGCGAUGCCAAGACUUUGACGAGUGUGCUGCAGACAGAUUCCUCUGCCAGCCCUACGGCUCAUGUGAGAACAGACCGGGCUCGUAUGUGUGCGCCUGCAACCACGGUUAUAUCCUCUCAGAGGACAAACACAGCUGUGAGGCCGUUCAUGUGUUGAUGGACGAGAAGAAGGAGUGUUACCUGAACCUGGAUGACACCGUGUUCUGCGACAGCGUCCUGGCCACCAACGUCAGCAAGCAGGAGUGCUGCUGCUCCAUCGGAGUGGGAUGGGGAGACCACUGUGAGAUCUACCCCUGUCCUGUCUCCCAUUCUGCCGAGUUCCACUUCCUGUGUCCAAACGGACAGGGUCUCUACUUUGAAGAAGGACUCCAGUACAGCCUGCCUGCCUUCCAUGACAUCGACGAGUGCUCUCUGUUUGCUGAUGAAAUCUGCAAGAAGGGCCGCUGUGAGAACACGCUGCCGGGCUACGAGUGCUACUGUCAGCAGGGCUUCUACUACGACGGAAACCUCCUGGAGUGCAUUGAUGUGAACGAAUGCCACGACGAGUCUCUGUGCACCAACGGCCACUGCGUCAACACCGAGGGCUCCUUCUACUGCAACUGUAAACGUCCCUGGACUCCAGAUUCCAACAAGAAGAAGUGUGUGAUGGCAAUAGUAGCAGAUGUGAAUGAGUGCGGGGACCCAGCCAACUGCAAGAACGGCCAUUGCGUGGACACCCCGGGGUCAUACUACUGCAUCUGCUCGCCGCCAUGGACCCUGGCCACUGACCGCAACGGCUGUGUGACCCCCGAGGAGCAGGCUGAUGUGAAUGAGUGCCAGGACCCCUCGUACUGUAAGAAUGGGAGGUGUGAGAACACGCCCGGCUCCUUUCACUGUUUUUGCGACCCGCCCCUCACCUUCAGUGCAGCGCUGAAACAGUGCGUCUAUGACGAUCGCACUGCAGCCCACAAGGACGUGUGUUUCCUGCAGGUGGACGAGGGCUUGAUCUGCAGCGAGCCGAGAAACGGCAUGGUGGUGACCUACUCAGAGUGCUGCUGCCACUACGGCCGCGGGUGGGGGCCCGAGUGCAACACAUGUCCAACCAGACACUCGGAGAUGUUCACUCGUUUGUGUGAGAUGCAUCUGGAGACUGAGUCAGAUGGGGAGCAGGAUUUCCUCGCCGCUUUCGCCAACUACAACCCAGGGGACAGCUCAGAGGAGGAUUCAGAUGAAUGUAGCUGUGCAAAUGGCAGCUGUGUCCGCUCCUACCUGGGCACCAUGUGUGAAUGUAACACAGGCUUUAGGCUGGACCACUCACGCACCCGCUGUAUAGACAUCGAUGAGUGUGCGGAGCCAGGGGCACACGUCAGUCCUUGUAAGAACGCUCGCUGUGUCAACACCGCCGGCUCCUACAAGUGCUUCUGCAAGUACGGCUUCGUGGCCACACGCCGGCCAAACAUCUGCCUUCGACGCAGGACUCGGUAACCUCUGCGUGUCCCUGUGUUUAUGCUCGUCGGAAGUUUGCAACACACACAAUUACCCCACACAUGCACCUCCGUCUCUCAGAACAAACAUGGGACUGUGUGUAGUGUGUGCAGUGAACCUUAAAAAAACGCGCUCUCGUCCGGAGCCUGAUUGUAGGAAGGGCUCAUAUGAUAGAACUCAACAUAUCGAUGUCAAUGCGAUUUUCACCCCACCAUAUCACAUUUAAAGAAAUUCAGACAAGUAAUAUGUUUGUUUAGCUGUUUGUAAUUAUUGUUUUUUAAAACUGUUUUGUUAAGUAUACAUUUUUGUAAUUUUCUUCAUCUUUUAAUUUACCUAUUGCGUUGAUCUUUCAACUCUUACUUUGAAAUGCUGAUGUCAAGCCCUCUCUUGUUUUAAUAAGGACAUAUUUUUCUACCACGUUUUCUGCUGCAGCCCCUUUCAUAUUUGUAUACGUUUAAAUGAUAUGAUGACAUUUCCCUCUACAUUCCCAUAAGUCAACAAAAUGUUCAAUUCUAAACUUUUCUAACCACACACUUUUGAUUUUGUGUUAUUGUACAUUUUGUCCGUUUCUGUAAGAAUGGUCCCUGUCCCACCCCUUGUUGUUGUUAUUGUUGAUGUUGUUUGAUAUGAGAAGGCUGAAGUGUUUGUAUAAAUUGACAUGUACACUUAAGUGUUUGUUAAGCCAGAAGGAAAGGAUGCACUUAGCAAUAAAUGUAGUGGGAAUAUUUGCUUAUUCCAGAAAUCCAAGAAACUUUGACACUCAUUGACAUUAAUGCUGCAUCAAAGUAUUUAGAAAACCAAAGACGCUGUUCCGAUGAGAAGAAUUGAAUUUAAAAAAAGAUGAUUUUCAACCA